AUGUACUGCGUGCGCAAUCCGUCUGCGCGACGGCGCUUUAUCUCACUGGCGACGCGGUCAUCAUCUCGCAGCCCCUUCGUGACCAGCGCGCGAUGGAAAUCCGAUCGCCCAGAAGACGACAAGCUCCAGCAACAGCAGCUCAUCUACCCGGCGCCCAAAACGACACAGCACAGCGACCUCGCCUCCUUCCAAUCAUACGCGAAACGAACCGGCCUCGACGAGAAGUCUACAGUCUACGUGGGCACACACUACGAAUACGCCGUCGUGGCGCACCUCGCCAGGUACGGGUUCGACCUGCGACGCAUCGGCGGCGCACGCGACCGGGGGACAGACCUGGUCGGGACGUGGACUAUUCCCACAUCAGGGGCAGCUGAAAGCUCAUCGUCUUCGUCCCAGCCGCUCAAGGUUCUAGUGCAGUGCAAGGCCGGCUCCGGGCAGCGCGUCGGCCCGCAGCACAUGCGCGAGCUCGAGGGCGCGUUUGCCGGGGCGCCGCCGGGCUGGCGCGGCAGCGACAGCGGCGUGCUGGCGGUCAUGGUGUGCGAGCGGCCGGCGACAAAGGGCGUGCGCGAGGCGCUGGGCCACAGCCGCUGGCCGAUGGCGUUUGUGUACUGCGAGGGCGGCGGCGGCGCGGUGCGGCAGAUGCUCUGGAACAAGAGGGCCGAGGAGCAUGGCCUGCAGGGCGUCGGGGUCGGGACGAGGCACGUCGGGGAGGAGACGGAGCUGGUGCUGCUGCGGAAAGGCAAGAUGCUACCGUUUGUAAGCGGUUGA